AGAGAAUGCAAGUGGAACUGGCGGGAGUGGUCAACCUGCUUCGUAUGUAAAGUGUCGAGUGCGAUAUGUGAGAGAUACGCCACUGCUGGUUAUGUUCUCGACGUUUGCCAAAUUAAAUGUUCCAUGGACGACAAAUCGCACGUUUGAGAAACCGAAUGGGAAAACAUCGCCCGGACUAGCCCUUCUUCUGAGUUGUACGGCGAGUUCAACGCAGAUUUCGAGUUGAAUUUUUAUUAUCGUCUUUCGCAGAUUUAGAAUCUUCAAUAGAGAUCAAAUGAGAAACAGAUCAACGUUUACUUAUUUGUGUUUUUGUCUCAUUUUCCUAAGAACCACAUAUUGAGCUACAUUAAGCAUAUGUUGGACAAUAAUAAAAUCAGAAUAUAUACAUGUGUUAACAAUGACCAUGAUAUUUGAUUUUCUGAAGAGAAUCUUGGGCUGGGUGGAUGAAAGCUCUAAGAAACGGAAUAGCUGGGUGGAUGAAGGUUCUAAGAAACGAAAAACUUCCGAGGACUGUAACUUUGAGGAGGAAUAUGUAACGCCCAAGAAAUUUAAAUCCAAUUGUAAUAUAGCACAUACAAUGGACUAUUUUUCUGUUGAUGACAGCGACGAUGACGAUAUCAUCUAUCUGGGUGAGCAGAAGUGUUCGCCAGUGCGACCGUGCGCACAGUUGAAUGGCACUCGUAAGAAACAAUCGCAAUCUUAUGAAUAUUGCAAUAAAGUUAUGUCUCCCAGUUGUAAGCCCACUUGCUCACAACUGCAUCAUAAUAAACCGAGCAUGGAGAAUUUUUUUCAUCACAAACACAGGAUGCCGGAUACCUGUCACAAGUCUCCCACAUUAUCCAAAACUAAUCAGUUGAAAGAAAAAUAUCAAUAUGAAGAGAUGCUGCAGAAUCUGUUACCAAAUAGGAUACAGGUAUUGGACAAACGUGUAGAAUUCACUCCUGCGCACAAAUCCAUAGAAGUGAUUGAUCUAGAAAAGCAGUCAGAAUUAGCGACGUCUAACAAAAUUCAUUCAUCUCUCAAUGUGUCUAAGGCGACGACAUCACACCACCAUAGAGACUGCAUAUCAAAGCUACACUGUACUAGGAUAGACAGAGAAAAAGUUCCUACUUCUGAUUAUAGAGAGAAGGGUAUCACGGCGAAGUAUUUGCAGCCCAACAAAGUGAUUACAAUUGAUAGACCCAAUACUAGCUCGGCAAAACCUGCUUCUGCAUUAAAGUUGCCUGUUAGAGUUGCUGCGACUAAUUCUUUGCGCGAUGAACUAGCUGCGAAAGCUGUCAUGAGACAAGACUUCAUCCCGCAGGUAACUAAGAGGUACAACGAACGAAUUGAACAACGGCAUAGAGAGGCCGAAGAAUUGAAGAAGAUGACAUGUGUUUUGUCGAAGCACAACAGAUAUGCACGAGAAGCAGCUCUGGAAGAACAAUUGGCACGUUCUAUGAAAGUAUACCUGUCUGUCUUAGACGUUGAGUACGAGCAAGAGGAACCGGCAUUGCCGGCUUUGACCGAUGAGAUGUUGCGAGAAGUGAGGAGCGCUAUUGCACCGGGACCUGGGGGUGAGGUUCUCGCGGAAGGUUUUGGUCUCAGAAUCACACGAAAGGACCUCUACACGCUAGCCGACUUGAAUUGGCUGAACGACGAAGUAAUAAACUUCUAUAUGAAUCUGCUGAUUGCUAGAGGCACAUCUUCAGACAAGCAUCCAAAAGUUCAUGCAAUGAACACAUUCUUUUAUCCAAAACUUUUAUCGGGCGGUCAUUCGUCUCUGAAGCGAUGGACUAGGAAGGUAGACAUAUUCGCGCAGGAUCUUAUGGUUGUGCCUAUACAUUUGGAUAUUCAUUGGUGUAUGUCAAUAGUAGACUUUCGCGAUAAAACUAUUAUUUAUUAUGACAGUAUGGGGAGCAGUAAUCCAAAAUGUCUGGCGGCGCUGAAGCAAUAUUUACAGGAUGAGAGUUUAGACAAAAAGAAACAACCUUAUAACAUGAAUGACUGGAAAUUGCAGUCUGCCAAGAACAUUCCACAACAGAUGAACGGCAGCGACUGUGGUGUAUUCUCUUGCAUGUUUGCCGAGUACGUCUGCGCAAACAAGAAGAUAACAUUCACACAGGAUGACAUGCCGUAUUUUAGGAACAAAAUGGUUUACGAGAUACUCAAGGGUAAACUUUUGUAAGAAGGAUUAUUAUUGCUUUGACAAGUUCAAAAAUAGCCAAUACUAACGAGAAACUCUAUAUUAACACUGAUGCUGUAUUGCAGUAAAACUCGGACGGUUUAACGGCAUUAAAAUAUUGUUUGAAAAUAACAUGUAUUACUAUUCUUAAAAAAAAAGGAGAGAGAGAGAAAGAGAGAGUUUCUUAUGUGCCCUUUCUGCAAUCGCUUAUGCUUUGCUAUUAUAAAAAGAAAAAAAUGUACAAUCUCAAUCUUUUAAACGCAUAAUUCUGUUUUAAAACAUGAAGUGAGAGAGACAAAUGUGUGUUUAUCUUGUAUAAUAAUUAUAAUGUUGUUUGGAUAAAAUGUAAACAAAUAAAUAUAAGUAUACAUGUGCUAUAUAUAUAUAUAUAUAUGUAUGUAUAUGAAAAUGUUUUUGCGUUGUACGUAAGACGGUGAUGUAAGCUGAUUCAUUUUUAACGAGCCGUCGACAAAAAUCAUAAAACUUUUGUUUCUCAAAGAGUUUUAAAUCGCGUAAAGUCGUGAGGAUUUACACAAUUUUUAGGAUACAAAAUUACUCAAAAUAGAUGAAACUAUCCACAACUAUAGCAACACCACAGUUUAAUCUUAAAUCUUGUAUAUUUUCUAUUAAUUUUGAAAUUUGUAUAGUUGAAACAACCAUUAAUUUAUAAAGUUGAUUCCAACUUUGGUUAUUUAACCAUAGUACCAAUACUGGUUUACGAUUAUGCAUAUUAAUACAAUAAAAGCGCGUAUUAAUCCGAAUAGCUUAAAUAACUUCAAAAUAAAUAACUUUAAAGAAUA